AUGAAUUCAACCUGUUCAGUUUGCCCGCGGGCGGAUAUUCGUAAACUCACUUCGCUGGAACCGAUGACUCAUUGCACUGUAGUUGAAGGAGAUUUAUUGAUUGCAUUUAUCUGGCUACCGCAUAACGUGUCGUUCAAUCAGUUGCGCGAAAUUACUGGCUCUUUGCUCUUGUACGAUGUGGAUGGAUUAUCCAGUUUGUCUAAAUUAUUUCCCAAACUGAACGUGAUCCGAGGCCAUUCGCUUAUCUACAACUAUGCGUUGGUGAUCAGAGAGACAGCGCUUCAGGUGAGUUUUUCUCUCAGCCACUGUUUUUCCUUGCCCUAUUCAGCUAAAACCCCUGAUCAUUUUUCAGAAGAAGGUGGCAGUAACCUCGAAAAGGAUGAUGAUGAUCAUCGUAGAGAUACAUACAAUAAAGCGAACUUCACCAAUCGCUGCCAAGCUCACGAUGUACACAAAUCAAGUGAUAAAGCACGAGAUGGAGAGCCUCAGUACGGUGGGGGGUGGGUGUCUAGGGUUGCGGCUGGUACCCUGCUGUUGCAACUCGCGAAAUGCUCCCAUGGAACCAAGCGUUUCGAAUAG